AUGCCCAUACGUACAGGCAACAAUGUCUUUGUCCUUUAUGGGACCGACGAUGCCUUGAAGGCUGACGAUGGACCAGACUCACGCUGCGAGAUGAACAUAAAUACAGUGGUGAAGUCCACCUCAACCAAAACCAGCAACAAGAAAAAGACAACAAGCACCAAAAGAAUGUGCCAGUACAGCCGCACCGUCUUCACCUGCACCCAGUGCGGCGAAGCCUUUAACUACCGGAUGAUGAUGCGCGUGCCGUGCGCCCGGGUCCUCUGCGGGCAGGUCACCAACUGCGGAGUCCAGACCAUUGUGAGCAACCACACCGUCCGACGUGGUCGGUGCGGCAAGCAUUAA